UAAGGACUAAAUCAGAUUAGUAGUAAUGUCAGAAGUCUCAUUCUCCCAACGACCUCCUAAUCUUCUUAUAUCAACAGCUACAACAUUUAUGCGUAUUUUAGCAACAAAGGAAGGUUAACUAAAACAAAAGGGAGGAAAACAAAAGCAGCUUCAGAAAUACAUCAUCUCUUCUCUUUAGGGAAAGUUAAAAAUUCCAGGUUGCAACUACUAUUUCUCUCUCUAUCUCAAAUUAUUUACCCUUUAUCAGUUCUGGGUUUUCUGAAUCUCUUGUUAAAGUCAUCAUUUGAUGGUAUAAAAUUCAGAAAUUCAAUCUGAGAAAGUAUUAUUAUCUGUAGAGUUGUGGUAUUGGAUUUCUCUGUUUUGUAAAGAGAGAUAGAAAGAAGGAUGUCUUGUUCAUCAAGUUCAGGGUCUGAACAAGAAGAGGAAGAGGUUGAUGCUUACAGAAAAGGAGGGUAUCAUGCAGUAAGAGUAGGGGAUUCAUUUAAAGGUGGAAGAUAUAUUGCUCAAAGAAAAUUGGGUUGGGGUCAUUUCUCAACUGUUUGGCUUGCUUUUGAUACUCAUUCCUCUGGAUUUGUUGCACUUAAAAUCCAGAGAAGUGCAGCUGAUUUUGCUGAAGCUGCUCUCCAGGAGAUUGAAAUUCUAUCUGCCAUUGCCAAUGUUGAUUCUUCGAAUUCCGAGUCUGUGGUUCGACUAAUUGACCACUUUAGGCAUACAGGUCCAAACGGACAACAUAUUUGUAUGAUCCUCGAAUACCUUGGUGAUAGUUUACUCCACUUGAUCAAAUACAAUCGUUAUAGAGGUCUCAAUUUGAAUAAAGUUAGGGAGAUUUGUAGAUGGGUUUUACUAAGUCUUGAUUACUUGCAUAGAGAAGUUGGAAUAAUUCACUCAGAUUUGAAACUCGAAAACGUUCUGCUUAUAUCUACCAUUGAUCCCUCCAAAGACCCCAAUAAAUCUGGAUGUUCUCCUAUUCUUGAGAAACCAGAAGGCAGUUCAAACAGUAGUGGUUUGGUAAAUAUUGGCGAGAAGAAACUGAAGAGGAAAGCAAGGAGUGCAACAGUUAAGAUAUCUACAAGGAGAGCUUCAAUGGGAGGAAUUACAAAGCGCGUAAGGUCAUUAGAUGGAAUUGAUCUUAGAUGCAAGGUCGUUGAUUUUGGGAAUGCAUGUUGGGUUGAUAAGCCUUUCCAAGAUGAGAUUCAAACAAGACAAUAUAGAGCUCCUGAAGUUGUUCUUGGAGCUGGUUUCUCAUUUUCUGCGGAUAUGUGGUCUCUUGCUUGCGUUGCUUUCGAGCUUGCUACUGGUGAAGUGAUGUUUGCUCCUACAAGUGGUGAAGGGUUUACUGAAGAUGAGGAUCAUCUUGCUCAAAUGAUGGAACUCUUGGGAAAGAUGCCUAGAAAGAUUGCUGUUGGUGGGUCUCAAUCAAAAAAAUACUUUGACCGAUAUGGAGAUUUGAAGAGAAUCCGACGACUAAAGUUCUGGCCUCUAAAUAAACUCCUGGUGGAGAAAUACAACUUUCAUGCCUCUGAUGCUUGUGAGUUUGCUGCAUUUCUCACUCCUCUUCUCGAGUUUGCACCAGAUAAGCGACCCACAGCUGAAAAAUGCUUGCAGCAUCCUUGGCUCAAAAUUAAAAAUCUGGCCCCUCGCCAGGAUGAGGAAGAAUCAUCUCUAGGAAAACUGGAAGUUGGGAUAUUUUUUGUGCUCAAGACCACCCUUUUUCUCAUCAAGUCAAAGGAUACAAUUGAAAUCUCCCAUGACAAGCCACGAGAUCGACGUAUCAUGGCUAUUAAGCUGCUGCCAAAGCCUUCGCCUAGUAACCUGAACAUAACUAGCAUGAACAAACGAGAUAUGCACUACAUCAACCUCAACUGUUAUGGCCUGUUUGCUCCUAUUAAUAACCGAGGGAACAAUACCAUUUAA